CAUGACUUGUUCCUGAGCUGCUGACUUCUGACUUUUGGCGUACCUAAAUUGAACCCAUCUUCCUCUCAUCAACUCCCGACUAAGCUUAUCGCCAAAACAACAUCGCAACAUCGCGGUACAGGAUUCAGUUUCCAUCCGCCAUGCUCCGGUAGCAAAGAAGGGUUAUCGACUUCUGGGCGUGACGCGCGCAUUCCGUCUUCAUUUCCAUUCUAUUCAGAUCGCCUUCGGGAUCGACCGUCCACCUACCUGGUCAGCUCUGGUUGGCCCAUCCUCAACAAUCCCGCAUUGGCAUCACCUUUUUCUGUAAUACUUUGGGAGGGAGGCCUCUUUCUAGCUGCUUAAUAUAUCAUAUUUUUUUACCAUCAUCUAGUAUUUGGGAGAGAAGGUGUUGCAUAGAUGUCAGACAUCAUGGAUAGCUGGAGUAUAUACGUCGCCGACCGCUGCGACUCGCUCCGCGAGGGCGGGUUCGCUAACUUCUUCAUCUCUAUUCUAAUCGUCAUCGGUAUCAUGCUAUCCUACGUAACACAACACUAUCGUAUCAUUUCUCGUGGUUCCUCUGAAGGCAUUUCUCCGUACUUCGUCCUACUCGGUGUCACGUCAGCGAACUCCCAGUUCGGAAAUAUCCUUACGCUACCCCAGUCACGAGCCGACGUCGCCUGCUGCAAGGAAGUCAGUCCUUUCGAAUGCACUGCUGGGUUACUUGGGAUUGCACAGAUCGGAACACAGUGGAUAUGUUUCGCCAUUAUUCUGGUUUUAUUCUUGGUCUUCUUCCGUAGGGACGAUGUCGACGAUGAAUACGAACGAGAUCCUGAUCAACCGACCUGGAGGACUGCGGUUACCGUAGCCGUCAUGUGUUUCGUCCAUGGCCUCCUCGUUGUCAUUAUAUCGGCUGCAUUUGCGCUAGGUGCCCCUGGAUACUUAGGAGCAUGGGCAAAUUUCUUGGGGAUUAUGUCUGCUGUGCUCGCCGCCAUUCAAUACAUUCCUCAGAUCUGGACUACAUAUCGCAUCAAACAUGCUGGUAGUCUGAGUAUUCUAAUGAUGUGUAUACAAACUCCUGGUGGACUCCUCUUCGCUGCUAGUCUGGCGGCACGUCUUGGCUGGGCAGGGUGGAGUUCAUGGGGCGUGUACGUUCUGACUGCUAUAAUGCAGGGUGUUCUGUUAAUCAUGGCCAUAUCGUACGAGUGGCCAUCACCGGAAGAACGGGCUCAUCAUUCCACUCCGCAGCCACAGCGACCCACUUACAACCGACGAACUACGCCUAGAGUCCUGCCUUCUCCUGGUCCAUACUCGGCUCACUUACAGGCCUACGGUGAAACGCAAGAGGAAAUCGAGCGUGCUCUUGAUCGUGAAAGUGUGCAAGGAGUAGGAGAGAACCAGCCUCUUCUAGCACCAGGGGGUUUAGGCAGUUCAGGUGUUCGGUAAUGGAUCGUGUGUGUAUAAAGAGCAGCUCGGCUUUGCUCUCGUUUCCCCAUCAGGUCUCUAUCUCUUGACCACAAGAAUGUCCAUAUAUGUCUACGUGACAACCUAUCCAUAUCUGAGAAGUGUUGUACAAAAGAAUGAAAAUGACUUCUAGACAUUAUGACGGAGUGUAACCGCUAGUGAAAGUUGAUAGUUGAUAGAUCUAGCUUUUAUAUGGGAACUAAAUUGAUUGGGAAAACGGCAAACUUGACUAAAUGAAUCUGGACGAAAAGGUGUGGUAGUGAAGUAAAGUAUCUCAGAAUAGCUUCAGUGCGCCAAGCAUGAAACAUGAUGAUUCAGAAUGAUCCCCGGACUGCAAUGACGCCGUCGCUGCACCUACUUAAAGAAUUAAGUGCCUUGCCCCUGCCGUGGGACCAACCAAUAAUGCGCGUGAUUGCGCUACGGAUCUGAUUGGCCAGAGCUCAUAUCUCUUGCUGAUGGGGUUUUGAGUCAAGGUCAAUGU